CGGGCGUAUGUGCUCUAAAUCUAAAUACUGGGAGCAAGCUUUCCAAGUUCAACCUCAUUAUUCCCCUUUCUCGGACUGAUAUGGCCCUGCCCCUAAUUUCCCGCCGAAGCGUACUUUUCUCGGCGUAACGAUGACGCUAUGCUAUGGAGAACGCGAUAAGUUAAAAAUACAGCAUACACCGAAGCAGCCAACCCUGGUCACUUGUAUUCAGCCUCAGCCCUACUGAUUGAUAGCCAGCAUUUGCUCUGGGCCAUGCCAUACCCGGCCAAGCCAUCGAUAAGUGAGCCCCAUCUCGACGAAAACGACAACAAUGGCCUUACCCAAAUCCUGAUAACAUAGAAUCAUAUACUCUGUACAAUAGCUAAAUAAAAUUAUAAAAUUGUGUAUCCAGACCAGUCACUUUUGUUCCCCUUGAAAAUGUACAUUUUUAAAAAAAGUUGUACCAUCCCAAAAACGCCCCGAUCCCCACUCGUGUCUACUCCGCUUGGCUGGAUUAGACCUUCGAGUUCACAUACACGGUUGCGUUACGAUGUUUCCAGCACAUCUAUAUUGUUAUUAUUCGCCUCUCGAAGAAGCCGCAGAACAUCAGAUACCAGGUAUAGACUACCAGCAACUACCAUCGGCCCACUUUCGCCACUUCUACCACAACCACUCGAUUUCGAGAUUUCAUCAGCCCACGUCAACGCAGACACUAUGUUACCACCAAAACCCUCCGAACGUGCUAUGUUAGGCAUGCUCACUCUGCCACUGCGUACUACAGAGAGCAGCUCCGCGCUCUCCACGCUCCUCACCCACGGCAUCCCAUCCACAGGCCCAAACUCAACAACAGCAACGUUAUCACCAGGCUUGAGCAUGCAGCUGAAUAAUUCCUGAGUGUCCUUGCCUUGGGAUGCGGCGAUUACCCAUGUAACAUUAUGAUUACUACCAUGAGCAUUCCCCCUAGUACAUGGUUGUUUUCGAAGGUUGCGGUCUACGUAUGAACAGAGGACGUGGGCGGAUUGCGGGUUAUGCGCGCCAUCGAGGAGAACAGGUUGCUUGCGGGCAAUUAGAGGUUUGAGUGAGACUUCAUGCAGGCGACCUGCUCGUGGGGUCUUGGGGAUGUGUUGGAAUAGGCUUGGUAAUGGUAGAGAUGGAGGUAAAAAGUUCUUCUGCCCUAGAGCUGUGACUGCGCAGGCGAUAUUUGCCUGCUGGUGUAAUUCGACGUUCAGGCGCUCGAAUAUCUUACCAAGCUCGGGAAAUUCUUGCGUGACGGCUUCUGGCUGGGUGAAGGCAAGUGGUGUCUGUGUUUCCCGCGCGACUUCCUCAAGGACGGAUCGGACAGCUGGAUCGUUUGUCCCGUCAACGACGCAGGGAACGCCCGGUUUCAUAAUGCCCGCCUUUUCCCGCGUGAUCUUCUCGAUUGUAUCCCCCAGAAUAGCUUGGUGGUCAUAGCCGAUCUUCGCAAUGAUAGACACCAGAACAUUGCUGUCGUUUAAGACGUUUGUCGCAUCCAGGCGGCCGCCCAUGCCCACCUCGACGAUCCCAACGUCAACAUUUUCGAGCGUGAAGAUCUCAAACGCAGUAGCAGUCAGCAGCUCGAACUCCGUCGCGCCAAUGCCCAGCGACUGGUUGCGGAAUUUGACCUUGUCUUCUAUCUGGCGGAAGACGGAUUCGCGGACCACGCGGUCGUUGAUGGUUAUACAGUCCCAGCGGUCAAUGAGGUGGGGGGAGGAAAAGGAGCCGCAGCGCACGCCGGCUGCGGCGAGGAGGGCGGAGAGGUAGCUCGUGAUGGAGCCUUUGCCGUUAGUGCCGGCGAUGUGGAUGGCUUUCCAUGGCAGGGGAGAGGAUUGGACCAACCGAGCAAUGCGGGAAAGACCGAGUUCAAUCAUCCUGUCCCCUGCGGUUCUUUCGAAGGGGGGGGAGUUUGGGUUGGCAAGAGUGGAUCAGCCUUUCAGGGCAGGGGGAGGGCAAAUAUAAUCUGCCUAGAAUAAACACGCCAUUGUCACAGCUGCUUCCCCUUCCAGCCCAAUGUCUUCCUGUCUAUGGUGUAGGAAUCGUAGUCAAGGGGACUUUAUCCGCAUCGCGAUGACUCUUUCCUGUCCAAUCACGCAUCGCUGCCUGAUUCGGAAGUCACAUGACCCUAUCCUCCACCGACCAGCGAAACUAAGCCUAAUCGGAUAACCGCCAGCGCCCGGCCGGAUUUUUGCAGUUCCGGUCUUUUAUUACAAGCUCAAUACACGACAUGCCGUAAUAUACUCCCCAAAUCUGGCGGGGCAUCUUGUGUCUGGGGAAAAGUACUGCCGAUUGCUCUGCCAACCUUAUUUCCACCCGCCAGAUCGUUAAAUACCGUACUCCUACGAUACGCGCGCACGGCCAGCCGCCAUGGCCACCGGCCAAUCACGCGCGGGUAUUUCCUUUCCCUCGCAUCACCAACCACCUCCGCCUCAGCUUCUUCUCCCCUCAACAGCCUCACUACCACUCCUCCGCAGCUCCUGGUUCUGCUUCAUCAGAGUCGCGCACGGGCAAGCAUCCUUUUUCUACUUCGCGUCUCUCGCCUUCUGUUGCUGUGCGAAAAUGGGAAUCCCGUAAGUCUUUCUUUGGUCUUCGCGGCCUGACUCGUGACUUAAAUUCGCGUGCAGUUUUGGGUGUGAUGUGUUGUCCCUUGAGCCGCCAAGUCGUCGCGACAGGCUGCGCAAAAUCGUCCAAUUCUUUAUGUCUCCACUGGGAACCGCCUGCUCGUUCCGCUGCUGCAAGUAAUGGUAGGGCGAAGGCGGAUCCUCUGGCACCGUCCCGCUCAACUAUUAGGCGCCAACGGACACUCCGCCGUCCUCACAGGAAUAAUAAUGGAUCAAGAAGCGCUUCUUCGAAUCGUCCUGCUGGCUACGUACCUUCGCGUCCGUCAAUGCCCCAAUGGGUAGAAAGCCUUAGUCGCGAAGCCUUGGGAGACAGUGCCACUUCUUCUACUGCUACGGCUAGAGGUUCAGCAAUGACCACCAGCGAACCAGGAGCCUCGCGUUAUACUCCUUCUCAGGAUAAUGAGACUCGUCUGGAUUGGCCUGCGUCCAGUUCUUACUCUUCAUCUCAAACUAGGCGCGAUUUAGGCGAUCAGAUACCCCGAACGACUGCCCUGCGCUACUACUCAUCCCCUGGCGGUCGUCGUAUAAGGAUUCCCCGAGAGUCCUCUUUGAGGUUCGAGAUGCUACAUCCGCCUUCAUGGUCUCAUUCAACCGAACGAUCCCGCCGGUCGGAAUUGAGUAGUGAUGCGACGGCCAACUCCCGGCUCGAGAGCCGUCUUGGAGAAAUUGUGUCGUUCAGCCCCAGAUUUGCACCAGCGUACCCACCACGUAGCAAUGAGCGUGCGAUGGUAUCGUCAGAUAGUUACGAUCCAAACAUGCCAUUGUUGCGAAGAGUUGGUCAUCGCUCCGUCGCAGAUACAAGUGACCUCGAUGCCACUCGACCCCGUCACAUCAUCGAUGGGCUUGGCGAUCGCGAUCGAAGCCUCAGCCCUGGAGGCGACAGCCAACACGAUGACGAAGACAGCCACUAUCAUGAUCAUGAUGAUGAUGAUGAUGACGAUGAUGAUGACGAACCGAACAUGUGGGAAUCUCUGUUUACCACCAUCACACCUGAUCAACACCUCCCAAGCCUCGACUCCUCCUUCACCUCCGCCACCGCAUCUGCCUCCACUGCCCCCUCCCGCAACUCAGCCAACUCCUCGCAAUCGACACUCCCCUCCUCUCUAGGCGCCAACAACAGCAACCCAUCGCGGCGCCCGGGCGUCUUUCCUCCCCUCGAGUCAUUCACAGAUCACAACAACCACUGCGAUUUUUUCUCCUCGUCCGAAGACUCUGAAACGGAACCGGACUCGGACAAUGAGCACAUACCCACCUGGCGGCUCAUGCAGUACGACGAUCCUAUGCCUAUAUCAUCAUCAGUGUCAGCAAUCGACGAUGCCAUCCGGCGGAGCGAGCAGCAGCAGCAACUGCGGCGACGAUAUCAAGAAAAUCUACUUGGCAUCACACAAACCAUCCGAGCUGUAGUCGCAGAAACACCUGCGAACCGCAAUGGAGAUCACAACACAACCACUAACAUAAACACAAGCACAAACGCAACCUCUUCCUUCACCUCAUCAUCAACGACCCCCACAUCCAUAAACGUCUCCUUCGGCCAGAGUAGCUCCAUGGGAGAUCUCCAGCAGGUCCAAACCAUCAUCGACCAGCUGACGCGCAGACAAGAUAUCGGUGACGACUGGUGGGCGGCUGUGGGGUUAUCGCGGAAUCUAGGGAGGGGAGUUACGGAUGUUCCAGCUAGGAAUGGGAGUGGGAAUAGUGGUAGCGGGGAUGCCGAGGGCCGAUAAAUUGUGAAUCUUUUAAUUUCUUUUUUCAUUUUAUUUUAUUUCAAUUUUUUCUAUUUGCAUCUCUUUUUAUAUUCUCUUCUGCUGUUUUAUAUCAUGGGUAAAUGAAUGGGAUAUGUUUUGAGAGGGUUCUGCGCCAUGAGUUUGGCUUUGUCUUGAAUUAUGAACGAAU